CUCGGAAUGUUGAAAGGCUUCGACAGCUACCUACUCAUCAAAGCUAUGCUAACGUUAAACAUGCUUCCUGGUCUCACCAUGCAAGCCUCACGAGACCUGUCCUCUGACCGGCAAGCCGUUUGAAGAGUUGCAUGCACUCUGCGAGGAGAAAUUGCAGACGCUGCGCUCGGUCCACGGCCUACGAUUCUUUGUCAUGAGAGAACAUGAGCGGAUCAAACCCAGCGGUUCAGGACUUCCUGAAACGUUACAACCCUCGUCAGCCUCUCUCCCCACGCGAUGCUCUUUACGGGGGAAGAACUAGCCCUGUCAAACUCAGAUACACAGCAGCUGCUAAUGAAACUGUACAGUAUGUAGACGUGACUUCUCUGUACCCUUACGUUAACUGCACGUUUCCGUACCCCCUAGGAUACCCAGAAAUCAUCUACACAGAUUUCAAAGAGCCUCAAAGCUACUUUGGUAUCAUCAAGGCUGUUGUUUACCCUCCCCGGGGGCUAUAUUUCCCUAUUUUACCCUACAGAACAGCCGCGGGUAAACUGUUUACGCUCUGUCACACGUGCAAAACUGAAUUACCAGGGAUGCGUGUGGAGCUGGGUUAUCGUCUAGGUAAGAUCACUGAAGUGUGGCAAUUUGAGCAACGCUGUGAUUCUGUCUUUGUAGACUAUAUGCACACUUUCCUGAAGGGAAAACAGGAAGCCUCAGGUUACCCCGCCGAUGCCGUAGAUGAGGAAAGUAGAGCCCAAUACAUCAGGGACUACGAGGCCAAUCAGGGUAUUUUGUUGGACGCUGACAAAAUAAGUCUGAACGUUGCUAAAAGACAAGUGUCAAAGCUGUGUUUAAACAGUUUCUGGGGUAAAUUUGCACGGAGAAGUAAUCUGAACCAGACGGUUCUAGUCAGCGAACCCGAGGAAUUCUUUGGUUACAUGUUUUCUGAGAAAUACAAUGUAAAAUACUAUGCAUUCAUCAACGACGAAACGGCUCUAAUUCAGUGGAGUCACGGUAGUCGUUACAUUUCCCCACCAAACAAGACAGACACACAUUAAAUGCGAUAAAAAGGGCUUUCUUCUGAUAAAUGUGUCAUUUCAGAAGAAGAUACCCUUUGUGUUUGACAAGAGAUGCUUGCUCUCCUCGGGUGAAACUUUAACAUUUGGCUAUUAAAGGAAAGAAAAAAUAAUAUGUCACACACCCCUGAAGAAAUUGAUUUUGACCCCCGAUUGCAGCUGCCUUUUUCAUUUCAGAUUGUGGGUCCUAGCGGAUGUGUAAAACUUUUUUUGUAAAAAAUGUUUUGGAGAAUUGUGAAGAUGCCUGAAAAUAUUGUGUGGCUAUAUACGUCGUUUCAACCUCUGUACGCCGAGCUGCAGAAAAAGAAUAAAAAUAUAA